AUGCCCCCAUUUCGGCUCGAGGCACCUGAGCGGCUGCCCACGCACAGCCGCAAGCCCCAGAUUAUAUUCACCAAGAACGGGUACUCCGAAGGGGUGAAGGUUGAGUAUUGGCAGGAACUCCUAGAGCAUCACCCCAUUGAUGUCGACCCGUACUGUCAAGGGAAAGUCAAUUAUUUUCUCUCGCAUUAUCACAGAUUGGGCACAAACGAUGAUAACUCGUUCAGGACCACGACCGGGGACAUGUUACAACAAGUCUUCAUCAAAGACAGAAUUUAUCGGACCAAAAGAAUGAAGAGUUUUUACACUUUCAACGAAAAUGCCGAAUGUUUGACGGAAUAUCCGGAAAGUCAGUGUCGCACGAUAUGUGCUGAUGAAUAUUUGACCACCAUGCAGCACAGUUAUCAAGUGCCGCGUCCGUAUGUUAUGCAAAGGCUGGCUUUUCCGAAAAUUCCGUUUAUGCGGAAUCAGAAAUAUCGCCACGAACCGCCCGAUCUUAGCAGUGAAAAAUUCUACGGUGAUAGUUUUGGGCGAGAAACUUGCGAAUUGCAGAAAUAUAAGGGUUUUCGCACAGCUUCUUACAAUCCGAUGACUGGGGAAAACACAAACUCUCAAUAAGAAAAAAAUAUAUAUUAAAAAAAUUCAUGUCUACAAAUAAAGAAUGUAUAAUGAAACUGAUUAAAGCCAUAAACUUAUAACCUA